AUGUAUUCCAAUGGACUCACAUACAGAUUUUAUCCAUUUUUAAAUCAGUAUCAUUAUUCUCAAUCACGAAGAGAUCGAAAUCCAAUAAAAGAUGUGAGUAUAAUGAGACCGUAUUCGUUACCAAAUGGUCAUCUAUCAAAUUAUGUCGAUUUACGUCGAUGGAUGACACCUGUCGAACAUCAACAAGACAUGAAUACUUGUUGUGCAAAUGCAUUUGCUGGAGUGUGUGAAUAUUUGAUUAAAUUGAAUUCGGGUCGUCACAUUGAUGUCUCCCGUUUGUUCAUUUAUUAUAACGCACAAAUAAUCGGACAAAAAACAAGACAUGUUCGAGAUGCUGGAUCCGAACCAAGAGACAUUGCCUUAGGCUUGAGAAAAUAUGGAGUUUGCGACGAACGUACUUGGCCUUAUGAUCAAAGUUUGUUAAAUACAGAACCAUCAGCUAGAGCUUAUGAAGAAGCUUCAAAGUACACUGUGGUUUUAUUGAAAGUACCAUUUGGUGUCAAACCAAUUUUAAGAUGUUUACAUAAUAAAAUUCCAGUGGUUGUCAAUAUUAAAAUGAUUGAAAAUGCUGGCGAAGAAGUUAAAUACAACCAUGGAAUUCUAUCGAUUCCUCGUUUGGAUAACACUUUUAUUCUCAGAACAAACUCACAUGCUGUUCUAAUUGUUGGCUAUGAUUUACAUAGAAAAUUAUUUAUUGUACGAAAUUCCUGGGGAAACGGAUGGGGCGAUGAUGGAUAUUUUCGCAUACCUUUUGAUUAUUUGAAUGAACCUCGUCUCACUCAUUCCAUUGAUGUUCAGGAUGGUCUGUGGACCGUUCAACAUAUUUCAACCCGAAAGAAUAAACUUCCAACUGUACGUCGACUUAUGAUAUCAGAUAAUCCACUACCACAACAUCAUAGAGGACAUGUUCAUCAACGAAGACAUCAUCACAAACACUUUUAUUGA